GCCCCGAUAUAAGGGGCGGGAGCGGCCGAGCGCGGCCGGGACACCGGGACACUCGGGGACAGCGGCACCUCCGCGCACACCGCCCUGCCCUUCCUCCCUUCCACCCAACCUCCCCUCCGCUGCCCGGCCAUGGUGAACCUGCGGGUGUGCGCGCUGGAGUGCGAGGCGCUGCGGGCGCUGCUGCAGGAGCGCGGCGCGCAGUGCCUCGUCCUCGACUGCCGCUCCUUCUUCUCCUUCAACGCCGCGCACAUCCGCGGCUCCUGCAACGUCCGCCUGAGCACCAUCGUGCGGCGCCGCGCCAAGGGCGCCCUGGCUCUGGAGCACGUCCUGCCCAACGAGGAGCUCCGCGCCCGCCUGCGCCAGGGGCUCUUCCACACCGUGGUGCUGCUGGACGAGCGCAGCGCCGACCUGGAAGUGCCCAAGCGCGACAGCACCAUGCUGCUGGCGCUCGGCACCCUCUGCAGGGAGGCCCGCGGUGCCCGCAUCUGUUUCCUCAAGGGUGAGUGGCGCCGGAGGGGACCGGGGAGCCGGGCCGCGUCGCCCCGCUCGCCCGCCGGCCGUGCGCUCACCUCUCCCCGCUCUGCCCCCGCAGGAGGAUACGAAGCCUUCUCGUCCGCCUGCUCCGAGCUCUGCACCAAGCCGGCCGCCCCCGCCGGGCUCAGCCUGCCCCUGAGCGCCAGCCCCGCGCCCGGCAGCGCCGACUCGGGCUGCAGCUCCUGCGGGACCCCGCUCUACGACCAGGUGAGCGCCGGGGGCCGCGGGCGGAGGCGCCGGGCGGGGAGCGCGGGGCGCCGGCCGGGGCUCACCGCCGCUCUUCCUCUCUGUUUGCAGGGCGGGCCCGUGGAGAUCCUGCCGUUCCUGUACUUGGGAAGCGCCUAUCACGCCUCCCGCAAGGACAUGCUGGACGCUUUGGGCAUCACGGCGCUCAUCAAUGUCUCGGCCAACUGCCCCAACCACUUCGAGGGGCACUACCAGUAUAAAAGUAUCCCCGUGGAGGACAACCACAAGGCGGAUAUCAGCUCCUGGUUCAACGAGGCGAUCGAUUUCAUCGACUCGGUGAAGAACGAGGGAGGAAGGGUCUUUGUGCACUGCCAGGCUGGCAUUUCCCGCUCAGCCACCAUCUGCCUUGCUUAUCUCAUGAGGACCAACAGAGUCAAACUGGACGAAGCCUUCGAGUUUGUCAAGCAGAGGAGAAGCAUCAUCUCCCCGAAUUUCAGCUUCAUGGGGCAGCUGCUUCAGUUCGAGUCGCAGGUCCUGGCCCCCAACUGCUCAGCAGAAGCCGGGAGCCCCGCGAUGUCGGUGCUGGACAGGGGGGCAUCGACCACCACGGUCUUCAACUUCCCCGUCUCCAUCCCGGUUCACACCACGUCCAGUGCUUUAAACUACCUUCAGAGCCCCAUCACUACGUCCCCGAGCUGCUGAAAAGCAGGUGAAGAACGUGGCCAGGACUCUGACUUGCUGUCUCAGAGGUGCAAUAACGACAGGGACAGUGGCGCUUGUGUUUUGUGGGGAGUCGCUGGCGUGUCCCAGAGCGGUGUCCAUGGAGAGGAGCUCGCCCAGUGCCAGAGGAACCAGGUGUUUCUGACUUCUCAAGCAAAUGUCUGGAUGUCUGCACAGAGAUCAAAGGACAUUGGCUCUUCCUGAGCUGUCCCUCCUUGUCUUCUGUCUGUCCCAAGCCUGCUCCGUGUUUAGUAGCAUGCUCACCAGUAUUCCCAUUCCUGGACACUUUGAGCAACACUGAUGCUGUCCCCUUUUAUAUGACAGUCCUAUUUAUUUAUUUUUACAUUAGUGCAUUUUUGUUGGGUUUUUUGUUCUUUUUUUUUUUUGCCUUCACACACGUAAAGUUUCAGUUCUAGAGAAACCAAAUACCUCAGUAUUUUUUGGUACAAUAAUCCUGUGUGUGUAUAUCUGUCAGCUCUUCUUGUUUCCCAAGCACUGACAUGAAAGCACCAGGCGAGUGCUUUUUUUUUUUUUUUUGAGUUGCCAAGGGUUGUAUGUUUGCUGAUUUAUUUAUGAUGUGAAAUAAUAUAUUUCUUCUUAUGAAGACAUAGUUUUGUUACAUGAUUAUAACCUUUUUUAUACCAAAUGGAAUAAAUUAUGAUAUUUCUAUUCAUCUGGAUGAUAUCUUCUUUAAAAUACUGCAUUUCACAGUCCCAAAACUCAUGUGAAGCUCCAGGGUGUAGAGCUGUAAUUUUCAGCUCUUCUAGCCUCGGGUCUUGACUGAGAAAAAUGGGUUUAAGCACAGUAAUUGACUAGAAACUACUGCAGGUUCUUAACCUGAGCUUUUCUUUGUCCCCGUGUAAUUGUGUGCAGUGGCAGGGAGCCAAGGCUGGCUUCUCAGCUGGGAGUGGAUUUGGCUGCCCUGAUGGCUGAAACAGCUAGAACCAGCUGAGACUUGGGCACUGGGCUACACUCAAUUUAAAAUAGUCCUUCUCCUAAGAAGGAGGAAUAGGCUUCCUUAUUCCUUGUUUACUUCUAAUGCUUGAAAGGUUAAGUCUAAAAAUUAACCUGUUAGUAACAGAUCUCUAAGGCUUGGCACAAACUCACAGAGUGUUUUUCUUUUUCUGUCCCACCUCCUUAAAUCCUUUUUGCAACUCAAACUGCCCCUGAUGCCUGGAGUGAGGUAUUUGGCUGGCUGGGCUAUCUCUGUAAACAAACCAGGGCAUGACAAGGGAUCAGGUAACCAGCAGCUCACCCAUUUUCUU